GGGCCGGGCCGGGCCGUGCGGGCGCCGCGACGGCGGCCCAGCCGUAACGCGGCUCUGCGCGGCGCACGCCGGGCCGCGUAGCCCCGCUGAGGCUCGGAGCAGAGCCCUGGCCGGGCCCCGGCCGCCGGGGCCCCGCCGUGGAGCCAUUUAGAAGAUCAAGGGUGACUGCCCAACAGGAGGACUUCAGGGACCUCCAUCUUCUCCAGGGUAGGAUUUGCCAACCCUCAGUCACAGUCUGCGUUAGAGUGGUGUAGGCCCCAGUGGGAGCCAGGAGCAGCCGUAGCUUGUGGUGGACCUGCUGUGCUUAUACCAUCUUAUGGUGGUGCCAGUGCCUCGCUCUGUGCCUAGGCAAGGUGAUGGACAGCAGAGCAGAGAUGGAGGUUGUGAGAAGCACGAAGGGGAAUGCUGCUGGGGAGGUCAGUGUCCACGUGGUCACCACCGAGAGCACUGUGCAGAGCACCCACCUGCCAGCGACUGCCUUCAUCAUACCAGCAAAUGCCACUACCAUCAACCUUCCCACGAGCACCUUAGAAAUUCAGCGAUUCCCUCGGGAACCACAGAGAAGCACAGGGGCCGAAAGGCCAGAGAGGGGAGCAGGGACUGAGCCCAUCACAGCUACGGUCAUUCCCCAGAUCAGCGGGGUGCAGACCUGCAGCACGGUCCGUGUGCUGGAGUGGAAAGAUGGGGUGGCUACUUUGCCUGGGAGUAACCUGCGGUUUCGAAUAAAUGAGUACGGGACACUGAAGGUAAUGAGUGCUGACAAGGUGCCUCCAGUAGAAGCUCUGAAGGAGGGCCACGCAGAUAAAGAUGAGGACUCAGAGGUGGCACCCACCAGCAGGGACAAUCCUGCUGUGGCUCAGGAUGUGCCAGAGCAGACCAAGCUACCAACAGCAGAAAGCAUGUGCCACUGUGAUACCUGUGGCCGGAGACAUGUGUCGGAUGGAGCCCGGGAAGGCAGGGGUUUCUGCAGUGAGCACUGUCACCAGCAGUUCAAAGAAAGGUCCGUCAUCGUGGAAAACUCUGCCAGCAGCACCAAUGCCACUGAAAUCCUCAAGCCGGUGAAGAAACGAAAGAGGAAGGACUACCAGAGCCCUUCGGAGGAAGAAUAUGAAUCUGAGCAAAUGGAGGAAAAGCAGGAAGAGAGAAAAAACUCUGCGGGAGACUCUGCCAUCAGCAGUGUGGAGGCUGAUGCAUGGAACGGGAGCCAGCACGGUGCCAGUGAGGAGAAGAAAGAAGGCUGGUCUUGGGCGUCCUACUUGGAGGAGCAGAAAGCUGUCGCUGCCCCUUUAGAUCUCUUCCAGGAUUACCAAGUAGCUUCCCAGCACAAGAAUGGCUUUAAAGUGGGGAUGAAACUGGAGGGGAUCGACCCACAGCACCCAUCCAUGUACUUUAUCCUGACAGUGGCUGAGGUGUGUGGUUACCGGAUGCGCCUCCACUUUGAUGGCUACUCUGAGUGCCAUGAUUUCUGGCUGAAUGCUGACUCCCCUGACAUCCACCCUGCUGGCUGGUUUGAGGAGACGGGGCACAAACUCCAGCCCCCAAAAGGGGUUGUAGGUUAUAAGGAAGAAGAAUUCAGCUGGACAAACUACCUGAAGAUAACAAAGGCUCAGGCAGCUCCAAAGCACCUCUUCAUGGUCCGAAACACUCACGAGUCUUCCCCAGGCUUUGAGGUGGGCAUGAAGCUUGAAGCUGUGGACCGCAUGAACCCUUCCUUGAUCUGUGUUGCCACAGUGACUGACGUGGUGGACAAUCGCUUUUUGGUGCACUUUGACAACUGGGAUGAUACUUAUGACUACUGGUGUGACCCCAGCAGUCCAUACAUCCACCCAGUUGGAUGGUGUCAGGAGCACGGCAAACCCCUCACACCUCCUCAAGAUUAUCCUGACCCUGACAACUUCACCUGGGAAAAGUACUUAAAGGAAACUGGAGCUUCUGCUGUCCCGGCUUGGGCCUUUAAAGUGCGCCCACCUCAUGGCUUCCUGGUCAACAUGAAGCUGGAGGCAGUGGACAGGAGGACUCCUUCCUUCAUCCGAGUGGCCAGCGUGGAGGAUGUGGAAGAUCACAGGAUAAAGAUCCAUUUUGAUGGUUGGAGUCACGUUUAUGAUUUCUGGAUUGACGUGGAUCAUCCAGACAUCCACCCCGUAGGCUGGUGCUCAAAAACUGGACACCCGCUGCAGCCUCCUCUCAGGCCAAAGGAACCAACCUCCUCUGCCCACGGGGGCUUCCCAACCCUGGGCUGCAAGAGCAUCCCUCACACCAAGAGCUCCAAGUACAGCUUUCACCACAGGAAGUGCCCCACGCCAGGUUGCGACGGGUCAGGACACGUGACUGGGAGAUUCACGGCCCAUUACUGCCUCUCAGGGUGCCCGCUGGCAGAGAAGAACCAGGGCAGGCUUAAGGCAGACUUGUCUGACACAGAGGCCUCAACUCGCAAGAGGAACCUGAUCGGCUUUCCUCAGCGAAAGAAAUCUCGGCACCAUGGGAGAGGGCGACCUCCAAAGUACCGGAAAAUCCAGCAGGAAGACUUCCAGACUAUUUCUUCAGACAAUAUGCACCAGUCGCUCUUCAUGUCUGCCCUGUCUGCCCAUCCCGACCGCUCCCUGUCACUCUGCUGGGAGCAGCACUGCAAACUCCUGCCAGGGGUGGCUGGCAUCACAGCAACUACAGUGGCCAAGUGGACCAUUGAUGAGGUCUUUAGCUUUGUUCAGACUCUGACGGGUUGCGAGGACCAAGCCAAGCUCUUCAAGGAUGAGAUGAUCGAUGGCGAGGCGUUCCUCUUGCUGACGCAGGCUGACAUCGUCAAGAUUAUGAGUGUCAAGCUGGGCCCGGCACUCAAGAUCUACAAUGCCAUCCUCAUGUUCAAGAACGCUGAUGACACCUUAAAGUGACUUUUCUUGGCCCGAUCGGGACCCUCCCUCAGCACCAGUGCUGCCAAACUGUCUGGUCAGGACAGAGGUUCUCCCUGACCGACCGCAGCUUGUCAUGUCCUGCUCAUGUCCUCUUGGAUGCUGCAUCUCCACUCUCCCACCAAUUCAUCCCCCAUCCUCUCCCCUCCACUCCACACUGCCCUUCUCCUCCAGCGCUGGGUACAGGCUGACCCCAAGCCUCGGGGGCAGCCGCAGAGACAGCGGGCAGCCGCAGGACUAGCCUGUCCUAGUGUGACAGCUGCCCCCACGUCCUGCUGUUACUGCACUGAUUUGGGGGGGUGUCGAGGGAUGGGGGAGCAGAGCAAAGGGUGUAGCAGCGGGGGGGCUGACACCACUGCUGAAGUCACCCAGAUAAGGGAAGGGACCGACUACCUGUGUACGUGCUUGUACCCAUUUAAAGGCUGGUCUUAUCUUUGCUCAGCAGCUGAGGAGAGUUUAUUUUUCUCCCCUCAACAUGUUCCUCUGGAGGGCUUAUGUUAACGUCGUUUCCAAGCGAUGCUCUCAAGAAGCUUCUGCUGACUUUGCCUUUUUCUCUGAAUUCUUUUGACUUUCCCUUUUAAGAUGAUGACUCUGCUUUGCCCCUUCACCGCACUGGGAACCAGUGGCCCACCUCUUGCCCCUUCCAGGGAGCAAUGUGUCCUGGCUGCUGCUCUGCCCACGAUCAGCGGCCGUGCUUUAUUCCUCUUUACUGUAAUGCAGCAGCCCCAGGGCCACUCGGCCAGGGCUGGGUGGGUGCAGAACAAGUUCCAUUUCCUUUUGCACUUCAGGCUGUCUUGGCCAGCACGUCUCUGAGUGAAAGGAUACUUGGUUAGCUUGUUCCCCUUGCAGCAAUUAAAAAAUCCUCUGCAAAGGAGAGUUGGGCUCUCUUUGGUCCAUGUAUUAGAAGCAAGGAAGCAUCCAUUACUCCGUAGGCAGAUCCACAACUCACUUCUGAAGGCGUUCCUCAGUUGGCUGACUUGAUCCUGCCAAGCCACCUUCUCCCCCUUUUUUGCCCUUGCGACACCCCCAGGUUUUGCUGUUUGAAGAGCAGGAUCUUCUGCUGUGCCUGGAUUCCUUACCUGCUGAGCUAAAAGAAAUUCAGCAGUUAACUUUUUUUUCCCUGUCCUUUUAGUAACAUAGCGCCUUUUCAACAAGGGUGCAGGUGCUUUGGGAAUGCCCAUGUAACACUGUCCCUCGUAACAGAGGAGAGGCCGAGUAGUCUGGGACUCCAGAGCCAGGAAAACCAACAUGCCUGGGGGGUCCUGGCAGAGUCCCAGGCAGCUUCUGCUAGUCCCUGCGUCUGUCAUCCUUCCGUGCAUGCCUGCUGUGGGUGCUGCUGGAGCAGCGGUGUGUGCAGUGCUGGAGGGCGCCCGCCUGUCCCAUGGGCUCUGCCUCAAUGGGAUCCGUGUCCCACAUCCACUUUCUUUCCUGUUCCCAAGAAUGACGUAUCAGUAGCAAAACAAUUUUUCCCCCAUCCUAGCACCCAAAGAGAGGGGUGAAGGGAUCUUAGCAAGUGCACCAGCAAUGUGGCUUGGAGCAGCACUGCCUUGGGAGCCGCUGUCACACCUGGGUCAAUCUGUUCUAGGCUUCCCAUGGAAAUGUAGCAUUUUGACUCUUUCUUAUUGAAUAUUUGGGGUCACAUUUGACCUGCUCUUGAAACGUCUGCUGCUUGCUCUUCACACAGGACUUGCAACUAGUCCAUGUAUUUGUUUUGUCAAUGCUUGGGUUUGAUUUAGGCAGCUCUCCCUCUCCUUUUUUAUUUUCUUCCAUCUCUUCAAGCACUGCAGUGUGGCCAGCUGUGGGGAGAGGGUGAGUGGGAAGGAACAGCCGUGUCCCUGGGUCCCGCAGUCACUCCCCAAGUCACCCUUGAUCCACCGUAAAUGGUCCUGAAGUUGGUCUCUUCAGUUGAUGGGGAGUCUCUUUCUCAGGCACUGUGUGCUGGGGGAGAAGAGGAGGAGCCCUGGGACCUUCAGCUGUGAGACUGUGCGAUCAGUGCUGAGACCUCUCCAGGUGCGGUCUGGAAUGGAACGGCUCCCUUGCACAGGAUGUGGUUACUGAGCUCAUAACAAACAUCUUGUGAAAACAUCCUCUUCUCAUCUGCUCCGUUCCUUCAUGCUAAGUCAUUCCUCCUGUUGAGGACAGGGCUAAGCACUGUCCCUGGGUGCUACCCAGGUGUCAGAUCUGAAGCUAGCAUGAAGGAUGAAGAGCCUUGUCUCACACAGGGCUGCCCUGGAUAGCAGAGGUAGUGGUGAACUCAGAAGAUCCCUGCUGAAGGGGAAGAGGAGCCAUGAGCCAAGCCAUGGCCAGCCCACAAGACUGGGUAUGACCAAUGCCAUCAGCUCUUGCUCUGCUGUUGGGUGCAGUCAAGCCGUGCUCUGCCUGGGCACCAGCAAAACAGAGGUGCAUGCUCCAGACUGUGCCAGCCAGCAGGAAGGUGUGCCCGUGGGGCGCUGCCUUACCGGGACUCGCUUGACCUCCUCCUAAGAGAGCAGAUGCAAACUGGACAGCACUGCUGCGGUGCUUCCCCAUGGCUGGGGGGUCUGGCUGCACAGCUGGACCCCGGGUCUCUGCUGGGUCUGAGCUCUGCGCCAUGAGCAGCUGCCAGGAAAACCAGCCCCUCUGGAAGGGUGAUGGGAGAUGUGAAGGUCUCUGUCGCACGUGCUUACCUGCGUCAGUUCAUCAGGCUCUCAGGCUGACUCAGCCGUGUGGGUAAAAAGCUUCUGGAUUCAUCUUGAGUGAGAAAGUUACAGGGUUUGUAGGUGGUCAAGGGCUAUUUACUGUUACAACCUUCUUGUUUCAUUUCAAAUGGAACCAAACCCAAAGCAUUGUGCGCAUACGUGUGGGUGGGUGUUUGUGGAAGUACCACAAUGCCGUUUCCUCUACUGUCGGUGUGUCGCUGUUUCAAUGUGGUGGUCUCUGUGGCUGUGGAGGUGGCAGGCUCUGGUCCCAGGGUCUCGAGCGAUGUGUCCUCCGUGAGCCAGGAGAGGGAAAGGUUGGCUGCAACCCUGGCCUUGGCAGGUCCUCCAUCUCCACAGAGCGUUGAUUUGGAGUCCCCCCUCAGGGAGCAUCAAGGGCAGCUGUGACCAAGGCAGAAGCACCAAAGUUUUUCAUCCUUCCCCUGUUGCCCAACCAAACUCCUCACAGGGAUGGCCACUGCCAUGUCACCAAGAAGCCAGAGAGGAUGAUGGGGCAGAGUUUGGUCCACAGGUUCCUCUCUGGGGUCUUUCUGAGAGAUGUGACUGCAGCCAAAAUUUCUAAAUCAAUUAAUUUUUCAAGUCAAAUGUGGUUUUUGAGUGGAGGCCUCCACGCCUGUGCUCCUGUCAUUCUUGCCCCUGCUGCCACAGAUGGUGUUGGCAGGGCUUAGCCAUGGGACAUGUCCCACCGUGCGCUCCAGCCUCAGGCACGGUGUCUUCUGGGGUGGCUGGUCCGCAGGUGACUCCGGGUGCAUGGGAGCAGUUGGAGCCCCUCGGAAAGGUGUUCCUCCCUCCUCAUGGAAAUGGGCAGCAUCAUGAUGGUGCGAAGCCAAAGUCUCUGUUUCUGAGAGGAGCCAGCCUGAAGCUCAGUGAGGAGGGCGGCCGUGCCUGCCUCACCAGAGCACAGCUGCCUGCCGCUGCCUGCCUCUGCCUUCCUCCACCUUCCUCCAGUGAUUUCCAUGUCGAUCACAAGCACUUUUAGAAGAGAAAGAAACCUCCAAAUUGUCUAGGAGCACUGAGAGCUUAGGGCAGCUGCUGCCUGCAGAGGCAAAUCUGGGCAUGAGUGCAACGAGGGGCGAUGGAGAAGAGGAGGGAGCUGUGAGAGGGAUGUGACUUGGCUGCUUCUGCUCUUCUAUUCCUUGUUUCUUAACCUCUGGGAGGGGACUCCUAGGUGCAGAGGAGAGGGAACGGCCUGAGGGCUGCAGCCUAGCUCCCUUCCUCCCAUCCACCCCUUCCCUCUGGGCCUGAGGCUUGCUCGUCCUUGGAGGAGGGAGAGGGGGCGUGUAUUUUGGAUGGAGCGUGGUUAUGAUAACAAAAGCUUUUUUGCACUUUCAUUCAUUUUGCACUCAUUUUUAAUUUCUUUUUUUCCAUGUUUUUGAUAUUCGCACCUCCCUCCUCUUUGUGUUUUCAUAACAAAAAUACUUUUGUUGUAGCCAGUAAAGCUAUUCUGGAACUUUGUGUCCUGAGUAUACAGAGGUUUAAAGGUCCUAUAUAUAUAAAUUUAUAUCUGUAUAAAAGUAAAUUUAUAUAUAUAGAUCAUGGUGUGAUGUGUUUCGUCAGUGUUUUAAAAUAAUAAACGAA